AUGCAAAUUUUAUCAAUUGUUGCAUUGGAAAAAUCUUGUUCAACCAAAGGUGAAGAUAUUCGUGAUGAAAAAGUGAAAGUUUUACGUUGUAUAAGUCCAAUUAAAAUGGAAGAUGUUGUUCUUGGACAAUAUAUUGAUAAAUCAGAUUCUUCUGAUAAUGAAUACCGACAAGGUUAUCUCGAUAAUCCAGGUGUAUCUAAGGAUUCUAAAACACCAACCUAUAAUACUCAAGUUGUCUUAUUGAUUAACAAUGAACAAGACACUUCGAUUGACUUUUCUCUCAGUAAAGCAUUAAAUGAAAAGAAAAUUAAAAUGCGUAUACAAUUUCGUGAUGGACCUGGAAAAACAGAAUUAAAUUUAACUUAUGGUGAAAAAUAUAAAGGUGUCAAAUUAUCAAAUGCUUAUGAACAUUUAAUUCUUGAUGUAUUUAUGGAUUCAAAAAUAAAUUUCGUUCGUUCAGAUGAAUUACAAGAAGCUUGA